AUGUUGGGCACAAAGUCCAUCAAAGUCAACGGCGCCGACUGCGGUGCCGAGUCCAUCCUUUUGGGUGUCGUCACAUCUAUCGGCGGCUUCCUCUUCGGAUACGAUACCGGCCAGAUUUCUGGAAUGCUCCUCUUUGAGGAUUUCAUCAACCGAUUCGCCCAAGGACCAGCGGAUGACAAGAAAUGGGUGCCUAUCAUCCAGUCCCUAGUCGUCUCUCUUAUGAGUAUCGGAUGUCUGCUUGGUUCUUUGUCUGGUGCCUACACGGCGGAUUGGUGGGGUCGACGGAAGAGCUUGACUUUCGGAGUCAUCGUGUUCAUCAUUGGUAAUGUCAUCCAGAUAACAGCGAUGAACUCUUGGGUUCAUAUGAUGAUGGGUCGCUUUACCGCUGGUCUCGGCGUCGGCAACCUCUCGGUCGGCGUUCCCAUGUUCCAGUCCGAGUGCUCUCCCCGUGAGAUUCGAGGAGCCGUCGUCGCCUCGUAUCAGCUCAUGAUUACUAUCGGUAUUCUCGUCGCCAACAUCAUCAACUACGGCGUUCAGCACAUUGGUGAUUCCGACGCCUCUUGGAGAAUCGUCAUUGGCCUCGGAAUUGCGUUCUCGCUCCCCCUCGGAAUUGGUAUCCUCUGCGUCCCCGAGUCCCCUAGAUGGUUGGCGUCUCGAGGCGACUGGACCACCGCUCGAACCUCAAUGGCCCGACUCCGUGGCAUGAAGAACGACCCCAACAACAAGCUCGUCGAGGAUGACCUCAAUGAGAUGCGAAAGAUUCUCGACCAGGAGCGCAAGGCUGGCCAAGGAAGCUGGGCUGAGUGCUUUGUGCCCAAGACUGAGAUCCCCAAGCUCGUCUACCGCACCUUUCUCGGCAUUGCGAUCCAUUUCCUGCAGCAAUGGACUGGCGUCAACUACUUCUUCUACUUUGGUGCUACGAUUUUCAAGUCUCUCGGCAUCGACUCUAUCUUGACACAGCUGAUCCUCGGCGCUGUCAACGUUGUCAUGACCUUUUACGGCCUCUACGUGGUGGAGAAGUACGGAAGACGCUGGCCCUUGUUCAUCGGUGCUCUUUGGCAGUCCGCCUGGCUCCUGAUCUUCGCUAGUGUUGGAACUGCCAUUGAUCCCGCGUCGAACCGCACCGUGGGCAUCAUCAUGAUUGUCGCGUCGUGCAUGUUCAUCGCUUCUUUCGCGGGUACAUGGGGUCCCAUUGCUUGGGUCGUUAUCGGCGAGUCAUUCCCUCUGCGCACUCGUGCGAAGCAAGCUUCUCUUGCUACUGCUAGCAACUGGCUUGGAAACUUCAUGAUUGCGUUCCUUACUCCUCUUGCCGUGGAUGGAAUUAAAUACGCCUAUGGUUUCGUCUUUUGCGGAACAAACCUGGCUGCUGCGGUUAUUGUCUGGUUCUUCCUCUACGAAUCGCGGAUGCUCAGUCUGGAGAACGUCGAUCUCAUGUACGGCCAAGACCACCUUAAGCCUUGGAACAGCUCUAAGUGGACUCCUCCUGGCUACAUCACACGAGAGCAGAGGGACGAGUCUUAUUUCCGUCGCAUGAGCGUUGCCGGCGGCGGUCAGGAGAAGUCCAGGAACAGCGAUGUCUCGCACUCUGGUGGAGAAACCCGGGAAGAAUAUGUGUAA